AUGGAUAUAAAUGGGGUGUCCUCCGCGGCGUCAUCUUCUCGACAAACUCUAGACUCGAACGGUGGUUAUGCAGAAGAGUAUCUCUUGCCGACGAAUCAUCUGGGUGGACGUGGGAUGAAUGGGAUAGGGUCGUUCAAUAUUUCUGGGGCAGAUGGAUUGGGACCAAUGGGAGGAGGGAAUAAUGAGUGGAAAUACGAAAUGCGUAGAGAAGCUCAACAAAUCAUACCUGGCUUGUACCUUGGUCCCUUCCAAUCAUCAACGAAUUUGACAAAAAUGAAAUUAAUGGGUAUAACACAUGUCCUCUGUAUCAGAGAUAAGAAAGAAUCGAGUUUGAUAUACCCACGUUUCCCCACUGAAUUCAGGUAUAUGACGUUGGACAUAAGUGAUAAUACCGACCAGAAUCUGAUCACGAUCUUUCCGAAAUGUCGCGAUUUCAUCGAAGAGGCUAUGACGAUGGGAGGGACUGUUCUAGCGCAUUGUAAUGGCGGUAUCGCCCUUUCCCCAGCGAUAGUCGUAGGCUACCUCAUGUGGAAGUUCAACUUAUUAGCGGAUAAUGCCCUGGCAUAUGUGCAGAGUAAGAGGUAUUGUGUCAGUACAAUGAGUUUCCAGAAUCAGUUCAAAGAGUACGAACCUAUACAGAUGGCUCAGAAGAUGGUUCAGAAUGCGGGAUUUGGCGCGGGGAUGGGCAAUGUCAAUAAGAGGCAGGCAUUGGAUGAAGAAGACGACGAAGAAGAUGAAGAAGAUAGGAGGAGGAAACAACCGAUGAGAAGUGAAUUGAUAUCGGACAUUUCGAUGGAUUAA